GAUGCUUCAUACAACAAAUGUCUUGAAUUCUUUUCAGCUUCUUACAGCAGAUAAUUUAGCCGAAGCUUCAGCUUGCAAUGCCUCGUGUCCCAUUUCUUGGGAGGCUUGCUUGGUAAGAAAGCCCAUGUGUGACUGGCCACUGUCGCUAAGCAUUCACUAUUGAAGAAUCAACUGUUUGCCUUAGAUUCUGGCCAAAGGAAAUAGCUCCAACUGUUCAUUUACUUAUCAAUACCUGACCAGGGCCGAGUACCUCGCUCUCUUCGCUUCGUUAUCGUUGGUGUUUGUGGAAGGAUUCUUGAGACUGAUCACAUUAUGCCUGCCCGACCCUGUAAUCCGAUUUUGUUACGAACAGUCCAAAGCACUGUUCAAUGCUCUUACUUCAACUCAGACUAGGGCUUCACGCGCAAAAACAAGAAGCCUAGCGGAAUCAAUCGCACAGGCAGUCGACUUUGCGGACUUGUGUUCCAUAUACGGAUACGAAGCUGAGGAGCAUAUUGUUCAAACGAGAGAUGGUUACCUCCUCGGUCUUCACCGGUUACCAUAUCGUCGCGGCGAAGAAGCAGACUAUGUCAAUGCUGGGGAAGCGGGCGUGCGCAAAAAAGUUGUGUAUCUCCACCACGGUCUGCUCAUGAACAGCGAGGUCUGGGUAUGCUUGACUGAUGAACAACGAUGUUUACCUUUCCAGCUCGUUGAGCGAGGCUAUGAUGUGUGGCUGGGUAAUAAUCGCGGCAACAAAUACUCCAAAAAGUCAACGAGAAAUUCACCUGCUACAACUGACUUUUGGGACUUUUCCAUUGACGAGUUUGCCUUUCAUGAUAUUCCGGACAGUAUCGAGUACAUUCUUGAAGUCACCAAGCAGCCGUCUCUAUCAUAUAUAGGAUUCUCGCAGGGGACCGCCCAGGCAUUUGCGGCGCUCUCCAUCCAUCCAACCCUUAACCAGAAACUGGACGUCUUCGUCGCUCUAGCACCUGCUAUGUCUCCAGCGGGCCUGUACAAUGGCAUUGUCGAUGCGCUAAUGAAAGCUUCGCCACAAGUAGUAUUUCUUGCUUUCGGGCGCCGAAGUAUUCUCAGCUCUACGGCCAUGUGGCAAGCGAUUCUUUACCCGCCAAUCUUCGUGCGAAUCAUCGAUAUUUCACUAAGGACGCUCUUCAAUUGGACCGGCGAGAAUAUAUCGCAACACCAGAAAUUAGCAGCUUACCCUCAUCUGUACUCGUUCACCAGUACGAAGUCUGUCGUUCAUUGGUUCCAAAUCAUUCGCAACAAGGCCUUUCAGAUGUAUGAUGAUGAAGUAGGCGGGCCAUUAGCGGUGGGUAACAACAGUCGGUACUAUAAGCCGGUCAGAUAUCCUACAAGAAAUAUCCGGUCACCCAUCGUAUUGAUCUAUGGCGGGAGCGAUAGUCUUGUGGAUAUUGGAGUCAUGCUCCGUGAACUGCCACGGCGGACUACAGUCAGAGAAAUUCCCAAAUACGAGCAUUUAGAUUUCCUCUGGGCAUCGGACGUGAACGAACUGGUUUUCAACCAUGUCUACGACGCACUGGAACGAUACGCUCACGGUCAGUCCACGGUGGAAAUCCCGUUGCAGAUUACAGGCCCUGAAACUGAUUCCAAUGGGGACGAUCAAUUCUCAUUACGGCCUGUCAAGGAAGAUAUUACACUGAGGGAAUCGCCGAGGCGGCACUUACGCACAGACUCCAUGAACUCAAACAAAGGUCGCUUUUCACCAAAUACCUUGACAUACGGGGACGAGGAUUGGCGAAUUGAUCCGAGUAAGGCGCCGGAAGAUGUUGAUCUUGACACGCUGACUUGAUGCUUUAUGCCUCUCAUACUCUCAAAGGGGAAAACUAGCACUGUACUUGUAAGAAAGCGAUAUUGCAGUUAUCUUAAAUUUGAUACCCAUAUCCAUAUGCCAAUUGUUUCUCAGAUAAUGUACAUAUAUAGACCCAGGGCUACAUAACUAUUCAUAUAAAAUGAAGUGCUCGAUCGUUGCUGCUUCCUAAGCCAUUUCAUGUCAAAAGGCUCCAUGUCCUGUUAAUGCUUAUGAACACUCCGAUACUUGCUCGACGUCGUCCCUUCUCUUCCAUUC